UAUGAUGUGAUCACACACACACACACACACACACACACACACACACACAUACACACACUGGGAGGCCCCUGAUGACACACACACACACACACUCUGUUGUCAGAAUGACACAGCUCUGAUCGGAGGGAGGUGAUCUCUGAAAUUGCUCAGUGAGCACCCCUAAUUUACCUGAUUUUUGUAUCGCUGUCAAUCACACCCAAUGGAAUCCAAUCAGAAAGCAAGCGGGGACGGACUGGCGGGGACGCAGAAGGAGGCGGCACUGCGGGCGCUCAUGCAGCGCACAGGAUACCAACUGCUGCAGGAGAACGGUCAGAGGCGGUACGGUGGCCCACCACCAAGCUGGGACGGGCCGCCGCCAGAGAGAGGCAGUGAGAUCUUUGUGGGGAAACUACCCAGAGAUUUGUUUGAAGAUGAACUGGUCCCACUGUGUGAGAAGUUCGGUAAGAUCUACGAGGUGAGGAUGAUGAUGGACUUUAACGGGAACAACAGAGGUUACGCCUUCGUCACUUUCAGCACCAAACUGGAGGCGAAAGCAGCCAUGAAGCAGCUCAACAACUAUGAGAUCAGAAAUGGCCGCCUGCUCGGAGUCUGUGCCAGUGUGGAUAACUGUCGUCUGUUUGUGGGCGGUAUUCCUAAAACUAAGAAGCGAGAGGAGAUCUUGUCUGAGAUGAGGAAGGUCACUGACGGGGUCAUGGACGUCAUCGUGUACCCCAGCGCCGCUGACAAAUCCAAAAACCGAGGCUUCGCCUUUGUCGAGUACGAAAGCCACAGAGCGGCCGCCAUGGCCCGUCGCAAACUUCUACCAGGUCGUAUUCAGCUGUGGGGUCAUGCAAUAGCCGUGGACUGGGCGGAGCCUGAGGUGGAGGUGGACGAGGAUACCAUGGCAACCGUCAAGAUACUGUACGUCAGGAACCUGAUGCUGCAGACCACGGAGGAGACCAUCGAAAAGGAGUUUAACAACAUCAGACCAGGCGCCGUGGAGCGAGUGAAGAAGAUCCGAGACUACGCCUUCGUCCAUUUCACUCAGAGAGAAGAUGCCAUCAACGCCAUGAACGCCCUCAAUGGAAAGUUGGUGGACGGCUCACCUAUCGAGGUGACUCUGGCCAAGCCGGUGGACAAAGACAGUUACGUCCGAUACACCAGAGGGACCGGGGGACGGGGAGGGUCUCUGCUGCAGACCGACUACGCUGCCUACACGCUGGGACAGGUAGGACCCCUGAAAGCACAUCAUACCGCGAACCACGACACCAUGCAAGUUCAGGUGUACGACCCCUCGGCGGCGUAUCUCGGUGCACCUGUCUUUUACGCCCCCCAGGCCUACGCUGCUUUACCGGGUCAGUUCCGCUUCCCGGCGGCGGCGGCGGCCAAAGCUCACGUAGGAGGUCGAGGCCUGAUGAGGACGCCAUCUGUCAGAGAAAUUUACAUGACUGUACCUGUAGGGGCUGCCGGGGUGCGGGGGCUGGGUGGGCGGGGCUACCUGGCCUACGCUUCCGGGGUCGGAGCGGUGGGUCGAGGUGGGAGCGGUGGCGCCUCCUACGGCCUGAAGGGGGACAAGCAGGCGGAGGAGAAGCUGUACGACCUGCUGCCCGGGAUGGAGCUGACCCCGAUGAACCCUGCUGCCAUGAGCCUGAAGGCCGCCGCCAUCAAACCUGCACCACAGGUUCUGGAGGAGUUGUGUCAGAAGAGUAACUGGGGUCAGCCCGUCUAUCAGCUGCACUCUGCCAUCGGCCCGGACCAGAGACAACUGUUCCUCUAUAAGAUCACCAUACCUGCUCUGGCGACUCAGUACCCCAACGUCCAUCCCUUCACCCCUGCUAAGCUGUGUGCGGCUGUCGAAGAAGCUAAAGUGCACGCCGCUGAGCACACGCUGCAGACGCUCGGCCUGCAGACAGAAAGCGCCGCGGACGCUACUGCUGCCGCUGUGGCCUCAGUAGCCUUCCAAGGAUACACUCUGGCGAGCCCGGCGUCGUCUGCAGUUGCCUCCCAGCUGAAGCAAGCCGUGUCUCUGGGUCAGGACCUGACAGCCUACACCACCUACGAAGGAUACCCCGCCUUCGCUGUGGCCACACGCCACUCUGAUGGGUACGGCGUUUUCUAGGACAGCCAACACAAAAAACCAGGAGGCACAUUCACACUAAACUGCUUAUUUCCGUUUAAAAGUGUUCAUUUUCUGAUUGGUAAAAAAAAGAAUGAGCCUGAUGACGAUGAAAGGUAGAAGUUAUUUCUUUAAAAGCAGAAACAGUUUAAUGUGAAUGCUCCUCCAUGCUGCUGGUUGCUCAGUGUCUGCAGGACGACUGAGGACUUAAAUUUCGUCACACAUAAAAAACUAAAAGCUGCCGGAAAAGGUCUUGGACACGUCAGUCGCCCCAAAAUAAAUUCCUGUCACGUUUUCCUCUCCUCGUA